GGAGCAACCGCGAUAGCUGAAAUUCACAGUUAGAUACCAAUGUUCCCGUGAUGCUAUUUCUUAUAUUGGUUGCAGAAACUGCAAAUCUGAAGCUAAAUAUAGAUUGUGAAGUUAUAGACUUGGUCUCCAUUUUGCCGUGGGACACUGAUGCCAUAUGCACCUCUGCUAAAAAAACCGGCCGAGUUAUAAUUGCGCAUGAAGCUCCAUUAACACAGGGAUUCGGUUCAGAGCUAGCAUCGUACAUUCAAGAAAAGUGCUUUUUGCACCUUGAAGCACCUGUUAAGCGAGUGACUGGAUGGGAUACUCCGUUUCCUCACGUCUUCGAGCCUUUUUAUAUGCCCGAUAAACACCGUUGUUUGUCAGCUAUCAAUGAUAUUGUUAACUUUUGAAAAUUGUAAGAUGAGAAAUGAAAGGUUUGCAUUUCAUAAGUUACUUAAAGAAAAUGGGUUUAAAGAUAUUAUAUUCCUGUAAAAAAUAUAA